GAUUGAGCGUCUCUUUUCUGUCAGUGAAAAAAAGAGAAAGGAAAGAGACGCAGUGAGACAGAGAAAGAGGCUCGGGGGUUUUAUAAGGAGCCGUUUUAUUGGAGAGUAUCAGAAAGAGAGUCCCAGGAGUGUGGCUAAGAUUUAUAGCAAAGAAACAGAGCGAGGAAGAAGGAGAACAAAGCGUUCCUAUACCAACCACUACCAUGGAAGAUCAAACUAGUCAAAAUGUAAGUAGCGGAGUUCCUUCUUUAUGUCGUUCCGGCUGUGGCUUUUUCGGUUCGACCGCCUUCGAGGGCCUCUGCUCAAAAUGUUAUCGUGACUACCAAGAAAGAAAAGAUGAGCGAGCGAGGCUAGGACAGAGCCCAGUGACUGGGUCAGGCAUUGGUGGAACGAGAGAAGAAAGAGCAGACGAUAUUGAUUCAUCUCCUGGAGCUGUGGGUCAGGAAGUGACUGCUACUCCUCGAAGCGAAUUAACGGCAUUGUCCCCUCCCACAAAAACACCAACAAAAAGAAAUCGAUGUCACACUUGUCGAAAGAAAGUAGGAUUAACAGGAUUUGACUGUAGGUGUGGUCAUCUAUUCUGUUCGUUACAUCGCCAUGCCGACGAACAUAAUUGCACGUUUGACUACAAAGCCAUGGGUAGAGAGCAGAUUGAGAAGCACAAUCCUAAAGUUGUAGGAGAAAAAAUACAAAAAAUUUGAUGCUUGGCAGUAAAAAACCGAUAACCCAACUCAUUGUAGAGUUGAGUGUAUCUUUUUGUUGAUCGUCUCUCUUCUUCUUUCUCUCUCUCUUCUAUCUUUAAGCUACUAGGAUGGAUAUUGAGUUAUUAUUCGUUGUGUUUCCACCAUCUCUAG